CCAAAUAGUAUCUAUGCGCACUCCUUUUGACGACGACCAUGGACUGGAGUAGUCUCUCUCUCGGCGAUACGAGGUGUUAACGUUGUUUUUCCCCCCAAGAGGGAUUCAUAAGGAGUGAAGCCUUCAGACUGCUUUGAGCAGUGAUGGGGGAGGUGGAGGGUUCAUACCGGGUCCUGCAGACCCCAGGCACACGGCUGGGGGCCCAGUUCAAUGCUGGUAUCAGUACUCUGGAGCCUGGUCAGAGCCUCAAUGCCAACAUUGCCGGUGGGGGCAAAAGCCAUGGGAAAGGACUACAAAUCCGAGUGCUGGGACUGGAUGACACCCAAGAGUUUUACGACAUGGAUUCAAAAGAUUUUGGACAGGCUCUUCUCUCUGAAGUGUUCCUGAGAAAUAACCUAAUAGAGAGCGAUUACUUUGGCCUUGAAUUCCAGAAUAUGCAGAUGAACUGGGUUUGGUUGGAACCCACAAAACCCGUUGUGAAACAAGUAAGAAGACCUACAAAUGCAUUAUUUAGACUGUCGGUGAAGUUUUUUCCUCCAGACCCUGGUCAGCUACAGGAAGAGUAUACAAGGUACUUGUUUUCCCUGCAGAUGAAGAGAGACCUUAUGGAGGGCAGGUUGACCUGCACAGAAAAUACUGGAGCCCUUCUUGCUUCUCAUCUUGUUCAGUCUGAGAUCGGUGACUAUGAUGACAUGGCUGAUAGGGACUUUCUGAGGGUGAGCAAAUUGUUGCCAUACCAAGAGAGGGUUCAAGAGAGGAUCAUGGAGCUACACCGUCGGCAUGUGGGCCAGACUCCAGCUGAAUCUGAUUUCCAGGUCCUGGAGAUUGGCCGUAAACUGGAGAUGUAUGGAGUCCGUUUCCACCCGGCGGCUGACCGAGAGGGCACCAAGAUCAACCUGGCUGUCGCUCAUAUGGGCCUUCAGGUGUUCCAGGGCAACACAAAAAUAAAUACUUUCAAUUGGUCCAAGAUUCGCAAACUGAGCUUCAAAAGAAAACGUUUUCUGAUCAAGCUCUACCCAGAGGUUCAUGGCCCCCAUCAGGAUACCCUGGAGUUCAUGAUGGCCAGUAGAGACCAGUGUAAGAUCUUCUGGAAAAACUGUGUGGAACACCACUCUUUCUUCCGACUGUAUGACCAACCCCAACCAAAGUCCAAAUCUAUUCUCUUCACUAGAGGCUCCUCCUUCAGAUACAGUGGAAGGACCCAGAGGCAACUAGUGGAUUAUGUCAGGGACAAUGGAGCAAAGAGGACACCUUACCAGAGGAGGAACAGUAAAAUCCGAAUGUCUGCUCGCUCCCUGGCCACAGAUGUGCCAAAACAGAGUUUGUCAUUCAAUGACAGUCUCAGGGCCCCAGGCUCCCCUUCCUCCACUACUGUGUCCUACCAUUCCAUGCACAUCUCUAGUUCUCUGCCACGAACAGAAGUACAACCUCAGCCCCUGCCCCUGCUCCUACCAAGCCAAUCUCCAGCACCUCAACAGCAGCAGCAACAGCAGCUUCAGUCCCCUCUGCAAGCUACCAGACCCCCCAGCCCACCGAAGGAAGAACCUCUUAAGACCGCUUCCCCGUCUCACUACGCUUUUCAAGGUUCAGUCAUGGACAGCCCUCAGCUCUCACCAUUCAACUCCAAGAGCCCACUCUGCCUCUCACCCACCUUCCAGAUGUCUACUCUCAGCCUCCCGGGCCAAGCCCCCCCCUCACCUCUGCAAAGCCCCAUCCUGAGCGAGGUGGGCAGCAAUGCCAGGCUAGAGGAGGAGGAGGAGGGCAGGAGGAAGAGAUAUCCCACAGACAAAGCCUACUUUAUUGCCAAAGAGAUUUUGACCACAGAGCGAACAUACCUGAAAGACCUCGAGGUCAUCACCGUGUGGUUUCGUAGUGCUGUGAUCAAAGAGAACGCCAUGCCAGAAGGCCUGAUGACUCUACUCUUCUCCAAUAUUGACCCAAUCUAUGAGUUCCACCGUGGCUUCCUCAAAGAGAUUGACCAGAGGCUGGCUCUCUGGGAGGGACGCUCCAAUGCCCAUGUCAAAGGGGACUACCAAAGGAUCGGUGACGUAAUGCUGAAGAACAUGUGCGCCCUGAAGCAAUUCACCAGCUACUUACAGAAACAUGAUGAAGUGCUAACAGAAUUGGAGAAAGCCACCAAGAGGCUAAAGAAGCUGGAGACGGUCUACAAAGAGUUUGAGCUGCAGAAAGUCUGCUACUUGCCUCUUAAUACAUUCCUGCUCAAGCCCAUCCAGCGUCUCAUGCACUACAAGCUCAUCCUGGAGAGGCUGUGCAAACACUAUUCUCCUAUCCACCGUGACCAUGAUGACUGCAAAGAGGCCCUUAAGGAGGUGACUGAGAUAGCCACUCAGCUUCAGAGCAGUCUCAUCCGACUGGAGAACUUCCAGAAGCUGACAGAGCUGCAGAGAGACCUGAUAGGCAUCGAGAACUUGACAACACCCGGCAGGGAGUUUAUACGAGAAGGCUGCCUGUACAAAUUAACCAAAAAAGGGCUACAACAAAGGAUGUUUUUCCUGUUUUCAGACAUGUUCCUGUACACGAGCAAAGGUGUUACAGCUACUAAUCAGUUCAAAGUCCAUGGCCAGCUGCCCCUUCAUGGCAUGAUUGUGGAGGAAAGUGAGAAUGAGUGGUCUGUGCCCCACUGCUUCACCAUCUAUUCUGCUCAAAAGACCAUUGUUGUAGCUGCUAGCUCUAAGGUGGAGAUGGGCAAGUGGAUUGAAGAUUUGAAUAUGGCUAUUGACAUGGCCAAGAAGUCGCAGGAGAAAUCUGAUAUCUUCCUUGAUGCUGGGCUUGGGGAUCGCUCCAACCGGUCGUCUGACGAAGUGUCUCUGGAGCAGGAGUCGGAGGAUGACAUGCAUUCCUCCCGAACCUCACUGGAUAAGCAGACGCAUCACCGUGCAAACACAACUAUGCAUGUGUGCUGGCACCGCAACACCAGUGUGUCAAUGUCUGACCACAGUCUGGCUGUGGAGAACCAGCUCUCGGGCUACCUCCUUAGGAAGUUCAAGAAUAGUAAUGGCUGGCAGAAGCUCUGGGUUGUAUUCACCAAUUUCUGCUUGUUUUUCUACAAGACUCACCAGGAUGACUUUCCCCUGGCUAGUCUCCCAUUGCUGGGCUACACAGUCAGCACCCCAGAGGAGUCUGACAGUAUUCACAAGGAGUACGUCUUCAAGCUACAAUUCAAGUCCCAUGUUUACUUUUUCCGAGCAGAGAGCGAGUACACCUUUGAAAGAUGGAUGGAGGUGAUCAAGAGUGCAGCCAGCGCUGCAGGCCGGAUGAGCCUUCUCAUACCCAAAGGACCUCUGGAGAUAAAUGGAAACUGAACAAAACAUCCAAGUCUAGAGGCUGAGCCUCACAGACAUUAAAAAGGACAUGCAACUGUCCACUUCAUUGCCAUUUUUUUAUUUUUCAUUUUUUUUGUUUGUUUGUUUUUGGGUUUUUUUUCCUAAAUGAAUCUGGGAUUUGGAAGAUAAUGGCUUGAUGUCAACUACAGACUGUUUGAGAUAGGCUACAUUUUUCAUAACAUUCAUGUUUUUUAUCCACCUGUGGAUUCUAUUAUCAUGGUCUGUAUUUUGUUUGUUUUAUUUUCAUUGAACAUUGAUGUAAUGUCUAACAUUGGUUCUACAAUACAAGAUAUAGUGAAGGACAGGAAUGUACAUAAUGGUCACAGGCAGUUGCUACAACUACAGUACAGUAGGACAGAUAGUACUGACACAGAACAACAUGGGGGAGGGCAAGUGUAAUUUGGGACCAACUUAAUAACACAUUUUGGGCAUUGUGAUCACAGUGAAUUUGCAGUGUUGGUGAAGGACAGUUCAGAGCGUUAGUGGGUUAUAUUGGAAGGCUCUCUAUGAUUGGUUUGAGAAUGCAGACUAGAUAAACGGCAUGUGGAAAAUGAAGGUGUUUACAGGGCGAUAAGGACAGGUACGACUGCUGGGUUAAUAUCUAGAUACCUUCAUCCCCCUUUGAAGGAACUGAAGAUAUGUGACAUGGAGGAACGGUACAGUGCAUGGGAGCAGAAAGUUGAUGGCAUGUUGACUACGGGAAUAAGAGUAGUCUAGAUCUGGGAGAUGCAUGUGCUUUUCAGUAUUGAAGAAAAAAAUGACAAUUAGAAUAAUGACACUAUAUAUAUAUAUAUAUAUAUAUAUAUAUGGUCAAAAUCAUGCUGUUUUGUGUAACUUUGGGAAGACAAAAUGCACAUUUUUGAGGUUUUUGAAAAUCGACUGUUGUAAACUAUAUUGUCUGCAGUAUGUCUUUCUCAAACCAGUUGUCACUUUAGUCUGAGGCCAAUACGUGUAUGGGGGUUUAACUUGUCUGUUAAUGAAAGGGGAGUUCAGAAAGCAGGACUGUAGGGUCCUGAGUAGUUUACUAGGGAACAUCACUGCAGUUCAUGAUUAAUUCAUAAGGAUUAUAAAUAACUCCUUUUUAUUGCUUAAACUGACAAAGGAGAGGUUGAAAUCCCCAAAAUCUAGCUGUUUAUCUCCUUUCUCCAUGAGAUUUGUGAGGCAGCCCUUUGGUCUGUUUGGUGCUAGUCUCACUCUUCAAUGUCCUUGAGCAGCAUCUCUGACAUUUUACAAUCAUUAAUCCUGUUUCUGUUAUUUUCCAUAGGGAUUAUGACUAUGCAGUGUUUAUUCUAGUAUCUGUGUCUAAAGGUUGCAGAUUUUCUUUCUAUUAACAAAAUGCCUAAGAACAUAUCACAAUACAGGUUGUGUUAUAAUUGUAUCUGUUAAUAAUUGACAUGCUGUUUGUAGGAGUAUCUUAGACCAUGGGGGCUUGGUUAUGAGACCUGAGCUGACAGUCACCAAAUUAAUUUACCCCCCCGUUAUUUAGUGCACUACAUGGAACCAUGGUAUUAUUUUGUAUAUUUUUUAUGAAGACUGGAAUCUUUUGUGUGUGUGUGUGUGUGUGUGUGUGUGUGUGUGUGUGUGUGUGUGUGUGUGUGUGUGUGUGUGUGUGUGUGUGUGAGCGCGCGUGUGCAGGAGCAUACAGUGUAGUCCCCAUCUACACGACCUCCAGUAACUGCAACGAAACAUGAUGGUAGAAGGCAUCUUUAAACCAAGUGAGGUUCUCUCUAAGAGAGAUGUUAAACCGCCUCCGUUGCAAAGCUAAAACAUACCUUACUUUUAUUUAUUGUGUAGCAUGUCAUCAGGAACCAUCCUCCUGAAUGCCCUCAUGUAGUCUCAUGUUAUUGCAU